GCGAAUAUGGCGCCUCCAGCAGCGUCUGGCCCAGGCUCUGGUGCCUCAGAUCUGGCCAUCGUCGGCGACUCACUCAGAGUUCUCCCCACUGGCGAUACGGAAGAAGAGUUGCUCGAGCCAUAUGCCAAAUUCAGAUCCGAGCCACUCAACGCGCUACAAGAACUUGGUCUGCACGUCCUCGGAACAGCCUGGAGAUCCUACGACAAGGUCGUGGGCCCUCCCGUCUUCUACGAUGGCUUCAGCGAGAAUAUGAAGGACAUGGUCAUGAAACAGCCCAUGCUCAAAGCCCGCAUGCGAGAACUGGCCAACAAGAGAGUCGAGGUGGAGAUUCACCAGGACUUACUGGGGCCCAAGGGCCUGGACGGAGAGGAUGCUGUGACUCGACAGAAGAGAGCGGCGAGAAGGGAAGAGAUUGAAGCACAGUUGGGUGACGUCGUAUACGAAUGGCUGGACAAGAUGAUCUUGAAGAUGGAGAGUAAACGCUUCAUUCGUGGAGCGUACUACUUUGCGACGCAGCUCCUGACGAGAGCGUAUCAUCAAGGCAUACACGUGAGCAGUCAGGAAGUUCUGGCGUUGCGAGAGGUAGCCAAGCAAGCGGCGAAGAAGAAGCAGAGUAUCAUCUUUUUGCCGUGCCAUCGAAGUCAUGUAGACUACGUGAGUCUGCAGCUUAUAUGUUAUCGACUUGGUCUGGCGCUUCCUACAGUCGUGGCUGGUGACAAUCUCAACUUCCCGCUCGUGGGCCCCUUCCUACAGCACGCAGGCGCAAUGUGGAUCCGAAGGUCCUUUGGCGACGACCAGCUGUAUACGACUCUUGUGCAGAGCUAUAUUGAUACCCUUCUCCAAAAUGGCUACCCGUUCGAGUGCUUUGUGGAAGGCGGUCGAAGUAGAACCGGAAAACUGCUCCAGCCGAAAUUCGGUAUCCUGGGAUUCCUGAUGGAGUCAGUGUUGUCGGGCCGAGUGGAAGAUGCAAUGGUGUGUCCGGUAUCGACACAAUACGACAAAGUGAUAGAAGUGGACUCGUACAUUUCCGAAUUGCUCGGGCAACCGAAAAAGAAGGAAGAUCUUUCCCAGUUCUUGUCAGCAUCGAAUGUCUUGUCACUGAAACUCGGAAGAGUGGACGUGCGUUUCCAGAAGCCAUGGAGUCUGCGAGAGUUUAUCGAUGAGCAGAGCAGCAGAAUGGGCAAAGAGACCACGAGCUUGCAGGGCACUUACGACGCGAACAUGAGACGACGACUACUCACGACAUUCGGCUACAAAGUCCUCAGCGAUAUCAACGCGGUAUCUGUUGUGAUGCCCACAGCCUUGGUCGGCACCGUGCUCCUCACCCUCGCCGGUCGCAGUGUCGGCCGCACUGAACUGAUUCGCAGAGUGGAAUGGCUCUCCGAUCGCGUCAAAGCCCAAAACGCUCGGGUAGCCCAUUUCGCAGGCACAAGCACUGAACAAGUCGUCGACAAGGCCCUCGAAGUUCUCGGACCCAAACUCGUGGGACGUGUCGAAGACCUUCCAGAAGAAAUGUACUAUGCCGAAGAUCGUUUCCAACUCUCCUUUUAUCGAAAUAUGACCAUCCAUCUCUUCAUCUCCCAGGCUCUCGUCUGCGCGGCUCUGUACACAAAGGUCAAGCUCGGAGGGGUGGAAGCCAACCCUUCUAUGCCGUACAAGCAAUUAUACGACUAUGUCUAUUUCCUCUCUCAACUUUUCCGAGCAGAAUUCAUCUUCCCUACUACGUCUCUCGAGGAAAACCUGGCAGCUACGCUGAAGGGGCUCGAAAGAGACGGCAUCCUCUCUCUCCAGACCAAUCAUGACAGCAGCAGCGAUAGUAACAAGGUCGAAUUCGUUUCCAUCGCCCCUUCAGAACUCACUCGCGAUACGGAAAACUUCGACUUCUACUGUUUCCUCAUUUGGCCUUUCAUCGAAGCAUCCUGGCUUGGCGCAAUCUCACUCUUCAUGCUUGCUCCCCCUCCUCGCACCAAACGCACUCAAGACGACGACAACAACCACUCCUGGCUCGACCUCAAAACCGUGCAAGACAAAGCCCAACUGCUCGGCAAGACGCUCUAUCACCGCGGCGAUCUGGGCUACUACGAAGCCGUCAACAAAGAGGCUCUCAAGAACGCCUUUGGACGUUUCGAAGAAGAAGGUAUCAUCGUCGUCACGCGUCCAACUAAAGGUCAAAAGACACGAGAGCGGGUUCGAUUGGGAUCUGAGUGGAUUCCCACAUUUGAUGUGGGAGGAGAGUUGAUUGCCGAGGGGCGAUUGUGGGAUUUCGCCGAGAGUAUCAAUGUUUCUCGGAGGGACUUUCGAGGCAAGAAAGAGGGUGCAACUGUUACGAGGAGGAUUUUAGGGUUGGCCACGUUGACGGGAGAGGAUUUAUGGGUGGAUGCAACGAACAGUGGUAGUGGUAACGGGGAGGUUGCUGGUGCUGCUGGAGAAGUGAAGAGGGUCAGGAGGAGGAGGGGCAUUCAGACUGGAGCGAAGCUGUAAGAUCAAUCCCGUUGCUGAGUCUAUUGUUGACAAAUGGAGUAACUAUCUUGUUUGGAUAUACUUUCGUGAGAGAGAUGUGCUGUGGUGAGCAGGUCAGGAAUAAGCGCAAUGCAC